CAGUCGCGCGAUAGGGAUUUGUCAAUGCCGCGCACGCGCGAGGGGCGAUUCUGCGGCGCCAGCGGCACCGACAUCGGUUUCCAGGGUUUCGAAAUCCCGGCGCUCUCGCAAUACCCUAGGGGGCGCGGCCUAGCAGAUCAGGAUGAGCGCCGAGGUCCAGACGUGUGGCAAGCCCAUACAGACUCUGGUCGAGCACGUCGUCAAUGUUAACAUUUUGUCGUCAGAAUACUUCAAGGAGCUCUACCGCCUCAAGACGUUUCACGAGGUCGUGGACGAGAUUUACAACCAUGUCGAUCAUGUGGAGCCCUGGAUGACUGGGAAUUGCCGCGGCCCUUCGACAGCGUUUUGCCUCCUCUACAAGUUUUUCACCAUGAAGCUCACCGUCAAGCAGAUGCAGGGGCUUCUCAACCACGCUGAUUCUCCUUACAUUCGUGCGAUUGGAUUUUUGUACUUGCGUUAUUGUGGCGAACCGAGAACUCUCUGGCAAUGGUUCGAGCCUUACAUUGAAGAUGAUGAGGAAUUCUCUCCCGGCACAAAUGGGCGAGUGACAAAGAUGGGAGUGUACAUCCGCGAUCUUCUCUUGCAUCAGCAUUAUUUCGACACCAUCUUUCCAAGGAUACCGGUUCCAGUGGCGAGACAGAUCGCCAGCCACCUGGAGCGGCUAAAGCUCCCCACGACUCCCCAAGGAACAACCGGCCGGCACUCGUCGGAGGAGACCGCCCGCCGGCCACCCUCAGUGAAAGCUGCACUUUCAGUCUCCUUCGGCCAGCGAGCACCUCACCGAGCUUCGACUAGAGACUCGUCUCCUGUCCGAAGAAGCCUCCCUCCAUCAAAUGGCAACAACAACAACAACAACAACAACAACACUGACGAUCGUAGCAGCAGAGGCCAGGACAGGACUCGCGAAGAGAGAGACCGAGGCCGAGACCGUGAAGUGGAGAGGGAGAGGCCGAGAAGCAGGGACUCGGACUACAGGGAUUACAGGGACAGAGGACGGGACAGGAGGGACCGGCGGGACAGAGAGGAGAGGGAUAGAGACCGGCACUCUUCUAGGGAGAGGGAGAACCGGGAUAGAGACCGACACUCUUCCAGGGAGAGGGAUAGAGAUUGGAGAAGGGAGAGGCGGAGUAGAAGCCGGAGCCGGAGCCCGAGAAGGAGUCCGAGGAGGAGGAGCUCGAGCCCCGGAAUGAAAGACAGUGAUAAGAAUGGCAGCGCCGCAAACGUUGCGAUCUCGGCGAACUUACUCAAGCUCCGGGACGUGUAUGGCGAUGCUAGCGGCAAGAAGCUCGAAGAGAACCAAGCAGCGCGAGUGAAAGACUCGAGCGGCGAGGACGUGAUUCGUCUGGGUGGAUCGAGCUGGAGGUAGACACCAAAGUUCUAACACUCAUUUCUUCGUUCUUCCAUGGUUUGUUUCUUCUUUGCGUUUUCUUUCGUGUUUUCCAGAGUUCUUUGUUCUCCGUCGUCAACACCACCACUAUGUCUACUACUAAAAGCACGCAUUCGUGCGUUGUAUAUUGGCAUCAUCUUCUUCAAUGGAUAACAAGGGAAUAAAAAUAAGCGAAUCUUUCUUGAUGC